UGAAGGAGGCCCCGCCUUAACUGCACCCUGGGUCCCUGCCACUCCUCUCUUCAGGGAUCCUUGGACUCUGUUCUGCUGGCCUGGGAUUAACACGACCAGGAAAAACCUGAGAGUUUUGUUUUCUUCCUUUGUAUUUUGUUUUAAACCAGUCACCGUGAAAAACCAAACUAAUAAAACACAUUUUCCCCCCUGUCAUAAUAAAUUCAUUGAAGCAGAACCAGGACAGAGCAGCCUCCACCACACAAGAACAUUAGGACGGCGUGAGACUUGGCUUCAUCUCUCUCGGCACUGCUGCUGUGGGCCAAUCACAGGCUUCGUCUCUCUCGGCACUACAGCUGGAGCAGGCAAUGUUCUCCUCUUCGCCACACUCUGGGCUGUUGGAGAAGCUUUUCCAGUACAUAGACCUCCACCAGGAUGAGUUCGUGCAGACACUGAAGGAGUGGGUGUCCAUUGAGAGUGAUUCUGUGCAGCCUGUGCCUCGUCUCAGACAGAAGCUCUUCCAGAUGAUGGCCUUGGCUGCAGACAAACUCCGGAACCUGGGAGCUAGGGUGGAUUCCGUAGACUUGGGUUCUCAGCAGAUGCCUGAUGGUCAGAGUCUCCCCAUACCUCCUAUCCUAUUGGCCGAGCUGGGAAAUGAUCCCAAGAAGCCAACUGUAUGCUUCUAUGGGCACCUGGACGUGCAACCAGCUCAGAAGGACGACGGGUGGCUCACGGACCCCUACACACUGACAGAGGUGGAUGGGAAACUGUAUGGACGGGGAGCAACAGACAACAAAGGCCCCGUCUUGGCUUGGAUCAAUGCCGUGAGCACCUUCAGAGCUCUGCAGCAGGAUCUUCCCGUGAACAUCAAGCUCAUCCUGGAGGGGAUGGAAGAAGCUGGCUCUGUCGCGCUGGAGGAACUCGUCAAGAGAGAAAAGGACCACUUCUUCUCCAGUGUGGACUACAUUGUGAUUUCAGACAACCUGUGGCUCAGCCAGAGGAAACCUGCACUCACUUAUGGAACCCGGGGGAACUGCUACUUCACCGUGGAGGUGAAGUGUAGAGAUCAAGAUUUCCACUCAGGAACCUUUGGUGGCAUCCUCAACGAACCAAUGGCUGACUUGGUUACUCUUCUAGGUAGCCUGGUGGAUUCAUCAGGCCACAUCCUAAUUCCUGGAAUCUAUGACCAAAUGGCACCGAUUACAGAGGAAGAAAAGACAAUGUAUGAAAACAUUGAUAUGGACCUAGAAGAAUACCAGAACAUCAACCAAGUCGAGAAAUUUCUGUUUGAUACCAAGGAGGAACUCCUGAUGCAUCUGUGGAGGUAUCCGUCUCUCUCCAUCCAUGGCAUUGAGGGUGCGUUCGAUGAGCCUGGAACUAAAACGGUCAUUCCCGGCAGAGUCCUAGGAAAAUUUUCAAUCCGUCUCGUCCCUACCAUGACUCCGUCUGUGGUGGAGAAACAGGUAACUCAGCAUCUCGAAGCUGUCUUCUCUAAAAGGAAUAGUUUCAACAAGAUGGCCGUUUCUAUGGUACUAGGACUCCACCCAUGGACUGCAAACAUCCAUGAUACUCAGUACCUUGCAGCACAGAGAGCCAUCAAAACAGUGUUUGAAGUUGAUCCUGACAUGAUCCGGGAUGGGUCAACCAUUCCAAUUGCCAAAAUAUUCCAGGCUAUCACACAAAAGAGCGUGAUGAUGCUGCCGCUGGGAGCUGUGGACGAUGGAGAGCAUUCUCAGAAUGAGAAGAUCAACAGGUGGAACUACAUACAGGGGUCGAAAUUAUUCGCUGCCUUUUUCCUGGAGUUGUCAAAACAGCAUUCAGGACACCAGAUGCCUUCCAGUGUCUUCUGAUCCACGGGCAGCACUCCCACCUCAGAUGCUUGACAAAGCAGGAGUUGGGAAAAUUCAGGAAAUGUGGAAAAUGAAAGGUUUGGAAGGCACAGACAGAUAUUGGAGAUGUUUUAACAGUCCCUCCGUCACUUAACUUCCACAAGUCACAGCUACCUAGACCAUUCGUUCCUGAAUCCACUACAACAGGCUGGGGUAACCUUCUAAUACAGGUGGGGUGUCUUUUUAGUCAAUUAGAUUCUCACUUUCAAUUCCA